CAUAUUAGAUAUGACCGAAUCCUUGAACAAUACUCAUCUUUAGUAUUUCUUGAAGCAAUAAGUUUUUUUUUUGGCAUGAUUCUUCCACAUAUUAUUUGCUGGUUGAGUAAAAUGAGAUCAUCAAGAACCCAAAGUGUUCAUUUCCUAAUUUUUUUUAUCUUCUCUUGUCAUAAUACUAAUUGUCACAUUUUGAGUACUGAAAUCACAUUUAAACACACUUGAUUAUUCUCACUCUCUCAAUCCUAAAACAUGAAACCUUCAUCACCAAUGUCCUUCACUUCUUCUUCUUCUUCUUCUUCACUUCCACGCAAAACUCGUCUCUCUCCUUACCUCUUCACACUCUUAGCCUUCAUCCUCUUUGUAUGUGUUCUCUAUGGUGAAGACUUCAUGUGCAUAUUCGGCCAGCUUGAACCCACUUUUGCCUUCCAACCUUCUCCAACACCUAAUAACAAGAAAGCAGAGAAGCUUGCGUUUGCUAUUGGCAAAACAGAGGAAAACUGUGACGUGUUUAGUGGCAAAUGGGUGAGAGAUGAAGCUUCCCGACCACAGUACGAGGAAUGGGAGUGCCCGUACAUUCAACCUCAGCUUACAUGUCAAGAACGCGGCCGUCCCGACAAAGAUUACCAGUUCUGGCGGUGGCAACCCAAUCACUGCGACCUUCCCUCAUUCAACACCACGUUGAUGUUGGAAACACUGAGAGGGAAGAGGAUGAUGUACGUUGGAGACUCGUUAAACCGUGGAAUGUUUGUAUCAAUGAUCUGUCUUCUUCAUCGAGUCAUCCCUGAUGAUCAAAAAUCCAUUAAAACUUCUGGUUCCCUCACUGUCUUCACUGCCAAGGAGUAUAACGCGACGAUAGAGUUCUAUUGGGCACCGUUUCUUCUAGAAUCCAACUCAGAUGAUGCUAUUGUCCAUAGAAUAUCAGAUAGGGUUGUGAGGAAAGGGUCAAUCAACAAACACGGUCGUCAUUGGAAAAACGUUGAUAUAAUCGUCUUCAACACUUAUCUAUGGUGGAUGACUGGCUUGAAGAUGAAGAUACUGCAAGGAUCAUUUGAAGAUGAAGAGAAGGUUAUCACAGAGGUUUCUACUGAAGAUGCGUACAGGAUGGGGAUGAAGAGCAUGUUGAGAUGGGUGAAGAACAAUAUGGAUCGUAAGAAAACUAGGGUUUUUUUCACAAGCAUGUCUCCAACACAUGCCAAGGGAAUAGAUUGGGGAGGUGAGCCGGGACAGAACUGCUAUAAUCAGACAACACUGAUAGAAGAUCCAACGUACUGGGGAUCAGAUUGUCGGAAAAGCAUAAUGAAAGUGAUUGGAGAAGUGUUUGAGAGAUCGAAAACACCGAUAACGUUACUGAACAUAACGCAGAUGUCGGCCUAUAGGAAAGAUGCGCACACGUCGAUAUACAAGAAGCAGUGGAGUCCACUUACGCCGGAGCAGCUAGAGAAUCCUACGAGCUAUGCGGAUUGUGUUCACUGGUGCUUGCCUGGCCUUCAAGAUACUUGGAACGAGCUUCUCUUUGCUAAACUUUUCUAUCCUUGAGAAGCAAGUAAAAAUGUCCUACGUCUGAAGAAAGAUACCGUUUUGUUUUUGUCUUUUAGUGUGGAAAGAGGCCUUGUCGAGAACUUGUAAAAUGUAGUCAUUGAAUUUGUAUUGACAAAAAGGGUAUUGACUCGA